UUCAGCAUUUAGGCUGAGUUGUCGAUUCCCAGUUGUCUCUUCGUCCACAUCCCCCCAGCAUUAUUGACUUUGUCUCAGAAAACGCAUAUUCCCGAAUGGAAAUAUUUCCUCGCAAUUCGUAAAUAAUUUGGCAGUGGGACAACAAUUAACACUAUCUGCCAUUGAAUUCGUAUUAGAAAAGUGAGUACGCGAGACGAUUACAACUGCUUGAGACGAAAUUGGCCAUUUUCUUGUCCACUGACUGACUCGCAACUGCACAAGUGAAGGAGACGCUUCCUUCCUCAUUUCAUAACCUAACCUAAUAUAAACCAAGUGAUUGAGAAACGCAGCUUGUUUGAACACCAUCCAGCCUGUGUGGUAUACAUAUCAAAUCCUGCGUUAAGAGCCAAGCAGUCACUAAUGAUUGUGUGGAACCAGAGACAAUUCCUUAGGUCAAGUGUUUGCAGAAAAGGUUACUUGCUGACAGCAAGAGUUGAAACUCGCCAAGCCAAAUUUUACCAAAGACACGAGCUCUGGCUCACCUAAAACCAGCACUUUGUUCUUGUAUAGACAUGUUCUUGUGACAAUCAGUAAUACGUACGUAAAAGGGGACAAUAAUUUUCCAGUCAGCUAUGAAUUCAAGCCUCCUGCUCAAUCCAUAGAAGUUCAAGAAGAAUUUGCCAGGUCACUGAUUUCAGCUCCCAGCAGAGGACAAAGAGGGAACUGACUUAUCGCUAAUUGGCAGAGAAACAUAUCAGAACUCUUGAGCAGACCAUGGGUUCCGGAAUUCAGCAGUACUGUCUCCGGUGGAACAAUCACCGUUCCAAUCUCCUCCUCGUUUUCGAACACCUCUUUCAAACCGAAGCUUUCACAGACGUUACGCUCGCCUGCGACGGGUCAUCGAUAAAAUGCCACAAAAUGGUCCUAGCCGCUUGCUCCUCAUAUUUUCAACAACUGUUCAUGGAGAACGAUUGUCGUCACCCGAUCGUGAUAUUGAAGGAUAUCAAGUCCAGGGAAAUUAAGGCGAUUCUCGAGUAUAUGUAUAAAGGAGAGGUCAACGUGGCGCAAGAUCAGCUCGCAGGACUGCUAAAAGCGGCAGAAACGUUAAAAGUCAAAGGACUCGUUGAGGAUAAUCAUAACGUCGCAGGGACGGCGACUCCCACCCCACCAUCGCAAAGUCCUUAUCAGUCUCACUCACACCCACCUUCCAGUGUAUCUUCCAAUACAGAGUUUCAUUCGACUCCAAACACGACAAAUACGUACUCAAAGUCUAACAAUUCAGUCCCCACGACUCCGAAGUAUGUCCCAAACGACUCUCCAGUUUAUGACGCCCAAUACAACGCCAGCAGUUAUCCAGAUAAAAACUCGAUCCCAUUUCAUCUUUGGCCAUCAACAAACAAAUUGCCAUUGUUGUCAUCAUCAUCACCUAAACAUGCUGGGAGCAACAACUAUGAUAAUUCGCAAAAUGAACCGGUCCCACUCAAGAAGAAGUUUAUGGGACCGAACAAGGACACUCCAAUCUUGCGAACGGUUUUGGGACACACGGCACUGCAACAACACAAUUCUAUCGAUUCUCAGUCUCCCAGUCAUUAUCAGCAACACCAACAGCCCUUGUCCAAUCAAAAUACACCUCCGUACAAAAGCCCCUACAUGCCAGUAACAACAAACGGUCCUACUGAACACAGUAACGAUAAGAUGAGUAGGCAGCAGGAAUCACCAGAUAACUACAUGGACGACUCGAUUCGAAGUGUGGAAAGCGAUAAGGUUCUUGAAGAGAACUCGUCCUUUUCUAUUGAGGAUGAUGCCAAAUCAGGUAUUGCUACUUACGUUCCUGGACAAAAACCUGAAUGGAAGCGAUACAAGCAGUACACACGCAACGACAUUAUGGCCGCAAUUGAGGCUGUAAAAGGCGGAAUGAGUGCCCUUCAAGCUGCUCGAAAGUAUGGAGUCCCAUCUCGAACUCUGUACGACAAAGUAAAAAAGCUGGGCAUAACCACCAACCGUCCAUAUCGAAAAGGAAGCUUCCCCAUGUCGCCAUACCAAGGCAUGAACAUCAAAAACGAGGAUGCCGUGAACUACAUGAAACAUGAUGAUAACUCAAACAACUACAGUCCGGAGGAUCUUCUUCCUCUGGACAUCUCGUCAACCGGGAAUGGCAGCACUGGAAAUGUUGGAAACGGGUUGGAAGGCGACAGCGAUAAGAUGGAUUCGGAUGCGGGUUGUAGCGUUAAGCAAGAAAACAGUCCGCCCAUGGAUGGUGACGAGAAGGACGAUUCCAAUCACAUCAUGAUCAACGAGGAUCAUCACAUUAUGCAUAUUGAGAACGGUUCGGAAAUCUGCAGCAGCAGUUCUCCUCGUGACAGGGAUCCGUCUGAGCCGGAAGAACUUCGGUCGGCAUCAGAAUGACUAGAACGAAAUGAUUACCUACACUCCCUUUCUCAACGCUUAUUCGCAAACUGACUGGUAAACCUAAAGACUGAUUUGCCACAGGGGUGGGCCUAAUAUUGCAGACUCCAGCAAAUGCGCAUUAUUUUUUUCAUGGAAUCUGCAUUUUCAAUUUAGUACCCAAAAUUGUUCACGGUUGUGGCAUUUGAUUGCAACCAGAAAGAAAACAAGUCAAUCAAUGAGAGGCAAUGAGUCAAUUAUUCCAAUAUAUAUUCAGUUUAGAAUAUAAAGUUGUUAUUUUUAUAGUUUUCACAAGAUCUUUCGACCUACCAAAAAAAGAGGAGUAUAGGCAGAUGGGAUUUUUGGCCAUCAAAUGGGCUUUUGUUAAUAUAAAUACAACUCAUUAAUUUAUAGAAUCACUGAUUCAGCAGAAUCCAAAUUGUAAACUAUAAUACGUACGUAUUUUUUGAGACUGAUGUCUGCCACUGGCAAAUGAGUAAGCUUAUCCAAUGACGCUGCAGAGUAAUUCCGUAAAUUUCGUAAUUCAUGUACAAGCUUAAGUCUGACUACAAUAUUCGUAAAUACUAAUUAUUCAUCAUUAUGUAAAUUAGAACUUAAGAGUUCAAAGUGGGUGUUCAUAUAUUUAAUUUAGAGUUCAAAUGAUUUUUAUAAGACUGCGUAUUCUACAUUUACCCACACACAAAAUAAUGCUGGGGUCCACCUCAAUGUGUUCAUUAAUUAAUAAGGCGAAACAGGACGUGUAUUUACGUAACAAGUGGGAGAAGGAAUGUGUGACUGGUUACGGUGCCAUCAGUAAUAACGCUCCGUGAAUGAUGUAUUUAGAUUUAUUUUAGGAGAGCUUCAAACUAUACAUUGUGCAAAGAGAUUAGGCAAAUGUUUACUAUCGUAGGUAGGAAGGAGUUAAUUCUGCACAUACAUACAUACAGAUUACGACGUGACAAAUAGUUCAUGUUUUUUUUACUUGUCUCUUAACUUGAAUCGAAAUCGAAAAAAAAACUUAUCUAUUUAUGCAAAGUAUUUUCAUCUAAAUUUUCCAGAAAUACUGGCUCAAUUUAAAAUACUGUAACAGACUCAAGAAUACUUUUGUUAAGAAAAUGUAUCCAGAGCAAAAUUAAAAUUAGUAUUUUUGAUGAGAAAUUCAAUACAGAAAAAGUAAUAAUAAAAUUAUGAAGAGUAAUAAAAUUACACUUCUAUUUUUUGCAAAAAGUAAUAAAAGCUGGUUUGUGGAUAAUUUGGAAGGGUAGUUGACGUAGGUAGGUUUUCUAGGUAUACAUAGUUUAGCUAAAUAACUAGGUAAAAAAUAAUUGCAUAAAUUAUUCUGCCAGAGCUGGGAAGAGUACAGAUCUGAACGGAUGUAGAGCAAUGAAAUAGAUUAUAGGUUUAUGUAGAGUGUGUAAUGUAAAGCUCAGUAAUAAUCUUACGAUCUGAUAUAAGAACAAUUAGGCGAUUUGAAGAACUGUGAAUGAAUGUAAAGGAUGCACAAUUUACAUGGUACAUUAUGAUACCGUAAAUUUUUUCAAAUUUCACAAAUGUAUCCAAUUCUCCAAACGAUGCCUAAUAAUUUGUUCGAGCUUUACAUUUGUGUACAGCAUUAAACUUAGCAUAAAAGUAAGCUGCAAGGUAUGACAAUAAACAAGAUUGCAUUAAAUGUGCUCCUUGUUGUUGGUUUACCUGCCUCGCCGUUAAUUUUAAUGUAUCCAUAUUAUGAAGUUAUUUAUUCUUUUUGAUAUUCUUAUAAUGUUCAUUUAUUUUCAUAUUGUUAUAAUCUUCCAUGUCUUCAGUUCUUCCUGUUACUUAGAAUAAUGUAGUAUUAAUGAAGAAACAUAAUAUUUAAAUAUAUAUCCUGUAUGUAUUAAUAAUAAUGCUACAUACCAAAUGUACCCAUUAUUACUGAUGAGGUUCAGAGCCAAGAUAGCUACAAAAUGUAUAAAGUAUUUCUAAAACCCUUAGCAUUGUAAGUUUCUGUUGCAAUAUUAUUGUAGUAAUUAUUAAGCUAAACGUACCCAUUCGUACGUAUGUAAUAUGCACAUUGUUGUAGAAAAAGUUGGAUCAGUUUAAAUUAACACUUUACAUAGUGCAACGGAAUCCGAGUCAUUUUAGUGAUGAGAUGCAAUCAAUUUUUAUUCGUUAAUUUUGCUUCAUAUUCCACUAACAUAGAAUACACGUAUUGUAAAUUAUAAUCAUGCUGAAACCGAUUAUUUACUAAUAAAAUAGGUAUUGUGCUAGGUCUAUACAAUAAGUAAGCACCAACCGUAUAUAUAUUUAAGACUUUCUCAUAAGAAAAUCUGUCACAGUUCGGAAAUUAUUUGGUCUAAAAAAUGUACUCGUAAAAAAAUUGGAUUACAACUGUAACUCUUUUCAUUGUUUGUUAUGUUUCUACAUUGCUGCUUCAUAUUAAUAACACGCCACAAAAUGUUAUCAUGAUUCUCCUUGAAAUUGUUACUUUAAUAUUAUUGCUAUUAUGAGGAUUUAUAAUGGAUUUUAUUUACUGGGAAAACGUUACAUAUGCAGAUUUUCUUUUGUGUCGAUGUAAAGUUGCAUGGCUGCCGGUGAAAUUAGCGACAGGAGCCUGGAAGGCUGCAAGAUGAUUAUUUUCUCAUUGCUAUUCAGCAAUGACGAGAAUGGAUUGAAUGGUGUUAUCUGUAACCAAUGACGAGUUUAGGUUUUAGUUGAUUUUAGUAUAAUUUCAAAUUUACUUAGAAUGCAUGCAAAAACCAAAAGGGGUAACAUAUUGUAUCAUUCAUUUAUCCUAAUUUAUACGAAACUACUAAUAUUUAUUGCAUCCAUGUUUUUGAUUAAGUUCUAUUUGUGUUGUCAUAAAUUGUAAAAAUUAUUUAACGAUAAGUUAUUAUAAUUAUCAUUAUUAUUAUUAUUAUUACAACCCUGUAAUUCAAAGACUGGCAAAGACUUCAGAAUUUUAUUUAUAAAAAAACUGGGUCAACGCAGACAACAACUCUACCUCAAAAGCAACCAAUAUCAACACAAUCAUACGUGGAAUUAAUCAAGUGUUUCCGUAUGAUAGUUUUGUCUCAUGUAUUUUAUUAUUUAUUGAUGAAAUGGUUAUUCAUAUGUUAAUUUUAUUUAUAUUGUCCAUUUAUUUGUUGAAAUCCGUCUUCUUCUACUACAUACUUUAUUCAGAGACUGUCAAAUAUUAAUAAUAAUGAACUGUGCAGCAAACGACGGACAAGCAAAAGAAUAAUAACUGAACAAGACUGAAAUCUUACAAGCUAAUUCAAUAUUUAUAAAUAAUUCUCAUUAUAAAUAUUUUUAGUUUCUGAAUAAGAUAAUAAAUCUGUCCACUCGGCUG